AUGGGUCCAAUCAGAUCGAAAACGGCAUGUCAAAAAUGCCGUUCACUAAAACACAAAUGCGAUUUUAACUAUCCUAGUUGCUCAAGGUGCGACAGACUUGGCGUGGAGUGUAUGGUGCUUGAUUCUUCUACCAGGCAGCUAAGACCAAGAGCUGAUUAUCCAGAUCUUUUUCGCCCCCUUCCAAAGGAAGAGCCGUCCAUAAGAAUGCUUGAAAAAAGAAUAGAGCUCCUAGAGGACAGAUUAGCAAAAUACGAAAGCAUGUUUGAAAGCCCUGGUACUGUAAAUAGUCCUUCUGAAGCGUCUAUGGGCCACUUAACUGUUUUGUCCAUGAUCCCGUUCAGAAAUAACUCUCCAACUGUGGAUAACGAAUUCACUAAAAUUUCCAUCUAUGGCAAAAUUGACUCAAAUCAGCCCGUGGACAAAUCAGAGCCACUUCCAUCCUCAGAGGCUGAAUGCACACAGCUCAUCUCCAACUACUACCAAAUAGCCUGGAUACAGCAUCCAAUAGUGGAAGACGAAACUAUUUUGUACACAUUAAGCUCCAAGCAUUAUCAAUCUCCUGAUAGUCUAUCUCACUGGGAGCAUUUUCUGCUUUAUAUAUCGCUUGCCAUUGGAACGGCAAUCACAGGCGACAUGAGCGAUAAAUCUCAGAGUUAUUACCUGAGCUCCAUCGUGCAUCUAAAGAUUUUCCUUGCUAAAACCACCUCUCCAGGACCAGACAAUCGCGAUAUCAGCUUUCAAAUGCAAAUCCUACAGUCCCUUUUACUAAUAUGCUGCUUUGGUCUGCUGAAACCAGUUUCUCCCGGAAUAUGGUAUGUGAUUGCAAACGCAAUGAGGCUAUGUAUUGACAUGGACUUGCACGAGGAGUACGUGGUGAAAAAGAUAGGGAGAAGCUAUUAUAGGAGACUAUUCUGGUGCUGCUAUGCCCUCGAUCGACAAAUAUGCUGCUAUGUCAAUAAACCAUUUAGUCUAAAUGACACAGACAUUACAACCAACUUCGAUGAGGUGUCGGUGGGCGAUGACAGGCUUGCCAUUUCGUCACUAUUCUUCAAGAUUCGAAAGUUACAGUCAAUGAUUCAACAGUUUAGCAGUAAAAAAGCUGUUUCAAACAUGAACAAAUCCGUUGUCAAUUGGAGACAUGAGAUGCAUGUCGAACUCAACUCAUGGCUUGUUCAAGCUCUAGAAUUUGAAAACAAUACACAUUCAACAGUAAAGCAGGCAUUUUUAUCUUCCAAGAAUUACCUAAUUCUAACCUACUUCCAGCAAUUGCAGAGACUUUACAAGCCAGACAACAUGUCUCCCGAAUGUCUCACAUUCAAAGAGUUCAUGGCCUUGUUUGAGAGCAGUACUAAGAUAAUAGCUACUUACGAGGUUCUGAGCCAGACUCGAAGAAUUAAUUAUCGAUACUUAUCUGUCUACUCUAUUUACCAGUCAGGACUGACAGUGCUAUAUUGUUUUAUAAAUUGUGCACACCUCCGACUAUUUGCAGACACAGUCGAAAAGCUUGAACAUACCAUGACAAUAACUAAAGACCUACUUCAAAAACUGGAGAUCCAUUGUCCGCCAGCGCGGAGCGCCAUGCAAACUCUAGAGACAGUACAUCGCGACACAGUCGAAGAAGUCAUCCAGAAAGGAGCUCUAGAAAAUAAAUAUAUUUUUGAUUGUGGGUCACAUUAUGGACCAUUCAACUCGAAUUCUAUCUCGCUUCUUUCUCAUAACGGAGCAGUUCCAUUGAUAGAGAACAAAACAGUUACAAAGGAGGUGCCGGACACUCCUACAUACGGUUUGAGCGCAACCAGUAAUGUCUCCGCCUUGAGGAGUACUCGUCCCCCAAGGUUAUUUCAUGAUUCUCCGAAGGAGUCAUGGGAGUCGCUGUUUGAGGAGCCCUUUAAUUUGAAGGAGCUCAUGUUUGACUGA